AUGAUUACUUCAGUGUUCCAAGCGCAGCGACGGCUAUCGUCACUGUCGCGGAUCGCUAUUAUCGCUUUGAUGGCAUUAUCUGGCAUCCUCAUCAUCCUCAAUCUGACAGAAGUGCCGCUACCGACCCUCCCGAAAAUCACGCUCCAUUACGCCAAUCAGUCCAUAUACAACGAGUCCAAAGUAGCUCUCCUCGUAGAAAACAGACCGCAGCCGAUCAUCGCGCCUCUGAUUCUCAAGUUCAUGUACCAAAUGCCGCCAGACUGGAAGUUUCGCUUCAUGGGCUCCAACGAAUCAGUAGCGUACGUGAAUUCCUCCGCUGCGAUGCGCGAGCACGUCAAGUCUGGGAAACUGGAUUUGACGUACAUACCCUCAAAUAUGAGCACUGCCGGCCAAGAAAUGAUUUCUCGUUUCUUGACGAAUUUAUGGCUGUAUGACACUGUGCUACAGCCGGCGGAGAUGCUGCUCGUCUUUCAGACGGACUCGAUACUCUGCGCGAAUAAUAAACGAACGAUUGAGGAGUUUCUGGGAUACGACUACGUCGGAGCACCUUGGAAUACAGGAGGACAAUAUGGUGGGAAUGGCGGCUUGUCGAUCCGUCGGGUGAGUAGUAUCGUCAGCAUUCUGCAGAACCAACAGCGCACCGACAACAGUGAUCCCGAGGAUGUCUGGCUCUCAACACGCUUGGGCCAUCAUGUCGACGGUCGAGUCGCAAAUGGCUCUAUAUCCCAGCUUUUCUCAGGCGAGAUGAACGGCGGGCCUGGGGAGGUAGUACCUCAGCCAAAGUGCGACGGCGACUACGAUGACGAGGAGUGUGAGCAUGUGAACAUGAUGAAGCAGAUGGAAGAGCCUGGACGACCGGGGCAGUGGGUGAAAGGUAUAGAUAACUGGCGGGAAGGUUUCUAUGAGCCUAUGGGGUAUCAUAUUGGUGGAACGGGCUACAUGCAUGGGAGUAUUUGGGGGACGAAAGAGAGAAGGGAGCAUAUCUAUAAUUAUUGCCCUGAGGCUAAGAUGGUGCUGGAUAUGGAUUGGGCCUCUUUUGUACCAGGGAAUUGUGCGAAGGAUUGGUAG